AUGCCCUCUUUGUCUCCGCAAGAGCGGCACUCGCUCUUGCAGUCUGCUUUAGACGCUCGUUCGCUGUCUUACAGUCCUUACUCGAAAUUCAGAGUCGGAGCGGCAGUCUUGCUUACCGAUGGGUCAAUCGUGCAGGGAGCCAAUGUAGAGAAUGCGAGCUAUGGCGCGGGAGUCUGUGCCGAGCGUACCGCCAUCCUAACUGCUUCUGCUACUCGUUUUACCCGCUCUCCCACGCAACCAGCCUCAGCCUCUCACUCUCCAUCUUCCUACCCACUCACGGGAGCCAUCAGGGCUAUUGCCGUCUCUUCUGAUUUGCCCAACGAUCCUUGCUCUCCUUGUGGAAUAUGCCGGCAAUUCAUCCGGGAGUUCGCCCCAUUGGAUACGCCCAUACUGAUGGUUUGGGCAAAGUGGCAAGGUGGGAGUGCGGGCGAGGUCAAGGAGGAGAGUAAGAGGGGUCAAGGCUGUUACGAUGAGGAGGGAGUCAUUGUACGGACACUAGAGGAGCUACUUCCCUUGAGCUUUGGACCAGAUGAGCUCAAUAAGAUGUAA